AUGUUGCAUAUCAACAAUAUCCUCGAAACAAUGCCUAUCCACAGGAAGACGAUAGCACCUUUGAGCAAAAUUCAUCAAUCCGAUCAGAAAAAUAUGGGAAACGCCCCUGUGUCAUCCCUCGUCUCAAACGUCUUCGGUGGCUCAUUCUUCAGUCCAUUCGUGCGCGCCCGAGCCCCAGAACUAGAAGAAACAUGGCCAAUAACUGAAACGGAAUUCCUUAAAUUCCUCGAUGACCUGAACGAGUCCUUCAUCGCCAAUCCAGCAUUACAAGCCGCGGACGGAAUCAGGAAUCUCCUCGGCUUCGCUCCGUCCGCUACACUACAAAUUGUCGGGGGAAGCAUGAAACUGGCUGCGGAAUUGGGAACAGUUGCCGCGUCGAAGAUCCGAACAAAGAAAUACAUGAAGAAGGCGAACGCGGAAAUUUUUGAACCCAAGGGUCUGCAUGCGAGAUUGUGCAAAACUGAGAAAAUGCUGGCAAUGGCUGGUUUGCCUAAUGAUAAGAAUUUAUUUAUGCCAACUGCGCCUACGCCGCUUGGACCGGGAACACAGAAUGUGCCGCAACCUCCACCAGGUGAGGAUAUUAAAAUGGUUAUCAGGAAGCGGAUGGCUGCUUUGGGUGAUAAUUUUAUGCCUUUUUCUCUUGAUAAUGUUGCGCCGCCUGCUGAGCAGAAGAGUUGGAUGAAGAAGAUGGGGCAGAAGGCUGCUGCUGAUGCUGAGAAGGAGCAAUUGAAUAAGAUGCAUGGAUUGUCGGAUAGAAAGGAUGUUGAGGAGGAACAAGAAAAAGUGCAGAAGGUUCAGAGGAAGAUCAAUGAUCUGUUAUACAGGAUGCAGAGCAUGAAUCCUAGUACUAAGGAUUAUAGGAAAAAGCAGGAGGAUUUGAGGAGGGAUAUGGGUGACCUCAAUAAAGAUCUACGGGAUGCUGAGCGGGAUUUACAGAAGGAGUUGAAUAAGGCUAUGGGUAAGGAUGGGGAGCUGCAGGCUAAGAUGAAGAAAGAUGGUGGGAAGAAGCAAGCGAAGGAGGCGAACAAAAUCUUGUGGCUCGUUAUUGCUGACAAGAAGGCCUUCACCGAGGGCGAUGAUGAUUGGGAUUCGGAUGAUGGGAAAGGAUCUGAUCAGAAAGGUAUGAGUGUAAAGCAGUCUGGAAGUGGUCGAAGUAUUGGAACGGAAGAAAAGAAGUCACGCCGCUGGUGGAGUAAGAAAUGA